AUUGGCCGCCGGGCUCCGGGUCCUCAGGCCGCACGCACCUCCCCCACAAGUUUCCCGCCAGCAGCUGCCGCGCGGCGGAUGCGGACCUCGUAGGUGUUCGGCCGGACCGAACGGUUGGGUCCGCAAGCCACCGUCAUGUCGCGGCAGAGCACCUUGUAUAGCUUCUUCCCCAAGUCCCCGGCGCUGAGUGACGCCAAAAAGGCCCGAGCCGGAGCCUCACGCGAAGGCGCCGCCGCCAUCACGGCCUCUCCCUCCCCCGGCGGGGAUGCGGCCUGGAGCGAGGAAGGGCCCGGGUCCCGGCCCGCGGCGGUAUCCGCGUCGCCGCCUGAGGCGAAGAACCUCAAUGGAGGGCCGCGGAGGUCGGCCGGCACCGUUCCGGCCAGUUCUUGUGACUUCUCACCAGGUGAUUUGGUCUGGGCUAAGAUGGAAGGUUACCCCUGGUGGCCUUGCCUGGUUUACAAUCACCCCUUUGAUGGAACAUUCAUCCGGGAGAAAGGGAAAUCAGUUCGAGUUCAUGUACAGUUUUUUGAUGAUGGUCCAACAAGGGGCUGGGUUAGCAAAAGGCUGUUAAAGCCAUAUACAGGUUCAAAGUCAAAGGAAGCCCAAAAGGGAGGUCAUUUUUACAGUUCAAAGUCUGAAAUACUCAGAGCAAUGCAACGUGCAGAUGAAGCCUUAAAUAAAGACAAGAUUAAGAGGCUUGAAUUGGCAGUGUGUGAUGAGCCUUCAGAGCCAGAAGAGGAGGAAGAGACAGAGGUACAUGUAUCUGAUAAGAGUGAAGAAGAUAAUCAAAUUGAAAGUGAAGAAGAAGUACGGCCUAAGAUGCAGGGAUCUCGGCGAAGUAGCCGCCAAGUAAAAAAACGAAGGGUCAUAUCAGACUCUGAGAGUGACAUUGGUGGCUCUGAUGUGGAAUUCAAGCCAGAUGGGAAGGAAGAAGGAAGCAGUGAUGAAGUGAGCAGUGGUGUAGGGGACAGUGAGAGUGAAGGCCUGGGCAGCCUUACCAAAGGUGCUCCUAAGCGGAAGAGAAUGAUGACUGGAAAUAGUGCCCGUAAAAGGAAAAGUUCAAGGAAGGAAACACCUCCAACCAAACGAGCAAGUGUCAUUUCAUCAGAAACUAAAAGUAGUUUGAGUGCUUUUUCUGCUCCUCAGUGUUCUGAUUUCCAAGCCCAUGUCAGUGGAGGAUGUGAUGACAGUAGUCGUCCCACUACUUGGUAUCAUGAAACUUUAGAAUGGCUUAAGAAGGAAAAGAGAAGAGAUGAGCACAGGAGGCGGCCUGAUCACCCUGAUUUUAAUGCCACCACACUUUAUGUGCCUGAAGAUUUCCUUAAUUCUUGUACUCCUGGAAUGAGAAAAUGGUGGCAGAUUAAGUCUCAGAACUUUGAUCUUAUCAUCUUUUAUAAGGUGGGGAAGUUUUAUGAAUUAUAUCAUAUGGAUGCUGUUAUUGGAGUCAAUGAGUUGGGACUAGUGUUCAUGAAGGGCAAUUGGGCCCAUUCUGGUUUUCCUGAAAUUGCAUUUGGCCGCUAUUCAGAUUCCCUGGUGCAGAAGGGCUAUAAAGUAGCGCGAGUAGAACAGACUGAGACUCCGGAAAUGAUGGAGGCACGAUGCCGGAAGAUGGCACAUGUAUCUAAAUUUGAUAGAGUAGUGAGAAGGGAGAUUUGUAGGAUCAUUACCAAGGGUACACAGACCUAUAGUGUACUGGAAGGUGAUCCCUCGGAGAACUACAGUAAGCAUCUUCUCAGCCUCAAAGAGAAAGAGGAAGAUUCUUUUGGUCAUACUCGUGUGUAUGGCGUGUGCUUCGUUGAUACUUCACUAGGCAAGUUUUUUGUAGGUCAGUUUUCUGAUGAUCGGCAUUGUUCCAGAUUUAGGACUCUAGUGGCACAUUACCCUCCAGUACAAAUCUUGUUUGAGAAAGGAAAUCUCUCGGCAGAAACCAAGACAGUUCUGAAGGGUUCAUUGUCAUCUUGUCUACAAGAAGGUCUGAUACCAGGCUCUCAAUUUUGGGAUGCAACCAAGACUUUGAGAACUCUCCUUGAAGGAGGGUAUUUUACUGAAAAGCUCAGUGAAGAUAAUGGUGUAGUUUUACCCCAGGUGCUUAAAAGUAUGACCUCAGAGUCAGAUUCCAUUGGCUUGACACCAGGGGAGAAGAGUGAAUUGGCCCUUUCUGCUCUAGGUGGUUGUGUUUUCUAUCUCAAAAAAUGCCUCAUUGAUCAGGAGCUCUUAUCAAUGGCUAAUUUUGAGGAGUAUAUUCCCUUGGAUUCUGACCUGGACAGCACAGUAAAACCUGGUGCUAUCUUUAUUAAAGCCAAUCAGCGAAUGGUGCUAGAUGCAGUGACAUUAAACAACUUGGAGAUUUUCCUGAAUGGGACAAAUGGUUCUACUGAAGGGAGCUUGCUAGAGAGGCUUGAUACUUGCCAUACUCCCUUCGGUAAGCGCCUGCUAAAGCAGUGGCUUUGUGCCCCACUCUGUAACCCGUCUGCUAUCAGUGAUCGUCUCGAUGCCGUAGAAGACCUCAUGGCUGUGCCUGACAAAAUCGCUGAAGUUGCUGAUCUCCUAAAGAAGCUACCAGACCUUGAGAGGUUGCUGAGUAAAAUUCAUAAUGUUGGGUCUCCCCUCAAGAGCCAGAACCACCCAGAUAGCAGGGCUAUAAUGUAUGAGGAAACUACGUACAGCAAAAAAAAGAUCAUUGAUUUUCUUUCUGCUCUGGAAGGAUUCAAAGUAAUGUGUAAAAUUAUAGGGCUCAUGGAAGAAGUUGCCAAUGAUUUUAAGUCCAAAAUCCUUAAGCAAGUUGUGACUAUGCAAACAAGUCCUGAAGGCCGCUUUCCUGAUUUGACUGCAGAACUGAACAGAUGGGAUACAGCUUUUGAUCAUGAAAAGGCUCGAAAGACUGGACUGAUUACUCCCAAAGCAGGAUUUGACUCUGAUUAUGACCAAGCACUUGCUGACAUACGAGAAAAUGAACAGAGCCUCUUGGAGUACUUGGAUAAACAACGCAGUCGGAUUGGCUGUAGGACCAUAGUCUAUUGGGGAAUUGGUAGGAACCGUUAUCAGCUGGAGAUUCCAGAGAAUUUCACCACCCAUAAUCUGCCAGAAGAGUAUGAGUUGAAAUCUACUAAAAAGGGCUGUAAACGAUACUGGACCAAAACUAUUGAGAAGAAAUUAUCCAGUCUUAUAAAUGCUGAAGAACGUAGGGAUACAUCAUUGAAGGACUGCAUGCGGCGGCUGUUCUGUAACUUUGAUAAAAACUACAAGGAUUGGCAGUCUGCUGUAGAGUGCAUUGCAGUAUUGGAUGUCUUACUGUGCCUGGCUAACUAUAGUCAAGGAGGAGAUGGUCCUAUGUGUCGCCCAGUGAUUCUAUUACCGGGAGAAAACACUGUCCCCUUCUUAGAGCUUAAAGGAUCACGGCAUCCCUGCGUUACAAAGACUUUUUUUGGAGAUGAUUUUAUUCCUAAUGACAUUCUAAUAGGCUGUGAGGAAGAAGCAGAGGAAAAUGGCAGAGCCUAUUGUGUGCUUGUUACUGGACCGAAUAUGGGGGGCAAAUCUACACUCAUAAGACAGGCUGGUCUAUUAGCUGUAAUGGCCCAGUUGGGUUGUUACGUACCUGCUGAAAGAUGUAGGCUCACACCAGUUGAUAGAGUGUUUACUAGACUCGGUGCCUCAGACAGAAUAAUGUCAGGUGAAAGUACAUUUUUUGUUGAAUUGAGUGAAACUGCCAGCAUACUGAGGCAUGCAACAGUACAUUCUUUGGUGCUUGUGGAUGAAUUAGGAAGAGGUACUGCAACAUUUGAUGGGACAGCAAUAGCAAAUGCAGUUGUUAAAGAACUUGCUGAAACCAUAAAGUGUCGUACAUUGUUUUCUACACACUAUCAUUCAUUAGUAGAAGAUUAUUCUAAAAAUGUUUCUGUGCGCCUAGGACAUAUGGCAUGCAUGGUAGAAAAUGAAUGUGAAGAUCCCAGCCAGGAAACCAUUACCUUUCUCUAUAAAUUCAUUAAGGGAGCUUGUCCUAAGAGCUAUGGCUUUAAUGCAGCAAGACUUGCAAAUCUUCCAGAGGAAGUUAUUCAAAAGGGACACAGAAAAGCAAGAGAAUCUGAGAAGAUGAAUCGGUCAUUACGACUCUUCCGGGAAGUUUGUCUGGCUAGUGAAAGGUCGACUAUAGAUGCUGAAGGUCUCCAUAAGUUGCUGACUUUGAUUAAGGAAUUAUAGACUACAUUGGAAGCUGAGUUGACUUUUGACAAAGGUGGUAAAUUCAGACAACAUUAUGAUCUAAUAAACUUUAUUUUUUAAAAAUGA